CGAUCGAAAUCUUGUUCUAGCUGUUUGAUAGUCGUUUUGAAAAUGACAUUUGCAGAUAUUGCUCUGCUCAUAAUUUCCUAACUAUAGUUGGUUGUAUAAGAUUUCAACAAGUCCCAAAGAGAAACGAUGUCUUGCUCUUUCUCUCCUAAAGGCUACAAGGCUUUUCUAGUGUGUUGCAAUGUCGCUCUUUUGUUUGUGGGCUCAGCCAUUUUUAUAUUGGGGUUAAAGAUGAAAUGGACUGUUGAGUCAUUAUUGAUGACCGUUCCUGUCCUAGCAAAGGCAUUCAAGGCAGUUAUAUCUACUGGAUUUUUUGUUUCUGUUGCUGGUAUAACAGGAAUAACAGGCGCCUGUUAUGAAAUUCUAUGGUUGAUUUCAGUGCAUCUCUUCUUUUUAGCGGUGAUUGUAAUUAUGGAGUUCGCUCUUGGAGUCACUCUGAUGGUCAUUAAAACAACAAUUGAGAGCUACAUUGAGAGUGAUGAGUGCAGUUAUUCAUGUGCUGUGACUUUAGAUGCUGUUGUGCUUGAUUAUGCUUUACCAUCCACUGGACUCAUGAUGACUAUAAUUAUCGUAGAGGCUUUGAUGAUUUAUAGUGCUAUACAUCUUUACUUUCACAUUAGAGAUUCUUUGAAAACAGGGCAGUCUCCUCGUAAUUCUCCGAACCUUCAAAUGCUGGACGUGUCAAUGCCGCAGUCACCUUUCCCUCAUUCACCUCGACCCGGGUACUCACCUCGUUUAAGUAACAGCCGUCUGGCGCAUCCCAUGUACUCUCCAAACAUAACGCCAGGAUAUCCCAGUCCACUAUUUUCACCAAAACCUCCAGAGUAUAUGGAUUUCGCCUUGUCUUCGGAACAGCAACCACCUUCAUACUUUGAUGUUGUCCCAUCUGACAUAAACAGAUCGCCUUUGACCAAUUUGGCGUGAUAGUGCCAUUCUAAAAACGAAGUAGCUAUUCUACACUUUUAAAAAUAGAAGGAAAGUUUGAUAUGGGAAGGAACUUAUUUGUGCCGCCAUGCUAAGACUUUAAGAAAUCUGACAAUUUUCUCAAUAGGUUUGAAAGAUGAAAAAACAACGUGCUGAUCACCAUGGCCAGCAAUGCAGUUGACUCAUGAAAUACGAUGUUACUGUUUUAAAUGUUUUGAUGCAUUAUAUUGGAUAGCAUUAAGAAUUUCUGGAAGAUUAUAUUUGUACCAUGUGUUUGGUCAGAAAGUUGCUAAGGAAUUAGUUUUUAUGUAGCUGAGCGUAGCUUUAUGGCUGGCUCCUUGUUUUAAGUAUUGUAUAUGUAGAUAUAUAUUGUCUUAAAUUAUUUGCUUGUACCUUGUCUUGUGUAUAAAAUUGCUUUAAAUCAAUUACAGUAAAAUAUAUUUAACAAUUUGA